AUGCAGGAAGAGUUUGAAAUGUCUAUGAUGGGAGAAUUGACAUAUAUUCUAGGACUACAAGUGAAGCAAACCACAGAUGGCAUAUUCAUCCACCAAUCUAAGUACUGCAAUGAUCUGUUGAAAAGAUUCAAGAUGACAGAAUGCAAAGAUGCUGCUACCUCAAUGGCAAUUAAUUGUUACUUGGAUCUAGAUGAAGCUGGAAAAAAGUGUAGAUCAAAGAAUGUUUCGAGAUUUCAAUCUGCUCCUAAAGAAUCACAUCUUACUACUGUUAAAAGAAUUUUGAAAUACCUCAAAGGUACUAAAAACCUUGGACUAUGGUAUCCAAAUGGCUCAAAUCUUUUUCUAAACGGAUAUAGUGAUUCUGACUUUGGGGGUUGUAAGCUAGAUAGAAAAAGCACUAGUGGCACAUGUCAUUUACUUGGUUCAUCUUUGAUUUCUUAG